ACCCAAACGACCUUAACGCUUGCGUAUCACACAUAAGUUUCAUUUCAUCUCUACAGUACACUCACAAUUUCGCUUCUCUCUUCUCUCUUCUCUCGCACCCUAUUUCACUUCCGCUUCAUUUUUCAGGAAAGCUAGGUACUGCCAUCCUGAUGUACACGGGUAGCCAGAGGAGAACAGUUAGAUCCCUCAAGUGUGAUGUAGGAUGCAAAUUUGAAUUUGUUAACGUACCGUCUAUGGAAGAUGUUUUGGAGGCAUCUGCUGAGCAAGCUAUUGUCACACUUGAUAGAGUUCAUCCCGAGUCUAUUGCAUUUUUCACUCCAACUGCAGAGAAACUGAUUGAAGAUAAAGGAACAACUGCCCUUGCAGCUGCACUGGCACAACAAAGCAGAUUUGCCCAACCUCCGUCUUCCUGGUCGCUUAUCACCCAUGGACAGGAAUACAGGUUAAGGAAAGUUUAUAAUCAAACACAUUCCAACUCAUUGAGGUGUCUUUUAACGAACGACAAAUUUGUGAGUGCUCACAUAAGAACCAAAGUGGCAAUACCUCAUAACAACAAUACCUCCAACUCGAGGUUGGAGCACUAUCAGUCCACCACCAGUCCCUUUUGCAUACAAGUCACCAAUUGAUAAACCGUAAAUCGUCAUUUAAACCUCCUCUUGGCCAUUUCUAAUGCCGAAGAUAUCACACCCAA